UUGGCAACACUGUAAACUAAUUGGUAAAAUAUUUUUAUAGCGCGCAGGGAAGAUUGCCGACCAAAAUAAGAUUUUGCAGAUUAUUUGCAAAGAAAAUAUCUAACGAAAAGGGUUUGGUAAAGAUAAAUAAUUAAGACCACGUAUUCGAUUGAUUCAAUAGUGCAAAUAUGUCUCAAUAUCAUUAUGUGGUCACGGCACAAAAGCCUACCGCCGUUGUUGCUUGCGUUACCGGCAACUUUACAUCGCCCACAGACCUUAACCUGAUCAUUGCCCGAAAUAGCCAAUUGGAAAUUGAUUUGGUUACACCGGAGGGCUUGAGGCCUCUAAAGGAAGUGAAUAUCUAUGGGCAAAUUAUGGUGAUGAAACAUUUCCGUCCACAGGACAGCAAAAAGGAUUUAUUGUUUAUCCUUACACAUCGUUACAAUGUAAUGAUAUUGGAAUGCCGUAUGAUCGGCGAUCAGAUAAGUGUAGUGACGAAAGCACAUGGUAAUGUUUCUCAUCAAUAUAGUCCAACCACUGAUGGAGGAGUAAUGGCGGUAAUAGAUCCUAAAGCACGUGUUAUCGGUAUGUGCUUGUAUACGGGUCUCUUUACCAUUAUACCUCUAGACAAGGAGACCAGUGAAUUAAAAGCUACAAAUCUUCGAAUGGAUGAAUUAAAUGUUUAUGAUGUUGAGUUCCUUUAUGGCUGCAUCAAUCCAACCAUAAUUGUCAUACACAAGGACAACGAUGGGCGUCAUGUUAAGACACAUGAAAUUAACUUGCGGGACAAGGAAUUUAUGAAAAUUGCCUGGAAACAAGAUAAUGUCGAAACGGAGGCUACCAUGCUAAUACCAGUACCUACACCAUUGGGUGGAGCUAUAGUAAUUGGACGAGAAUCAAUAGUGUAUCAUGAUGGAAAUAGUUACCUUGCUGUGGCACCUUCUACAUUUAAGCAAAGUACUAUCAAUUGUUAUGCUCGAGUAGAUAGUAAAGGACAACGUUAUUUGCUGGGAAAUAUGUAUGGACAAUUGUUUAUGCUGUUCUUGGAAACGGCUGACAACGGCAAAGGCUGUUCCUCUGUAAAGGAAAUUAAAGUGGAAUUGCUGGGUGAAAUUUCUACCCCUGAAUGUAUUACAUACCUAGACAAUGGUUUUCUAUUUAUUGGCUCUAAGCAUGGAGAUUCGCAACUGGUACGUUUGAGUACCACGCCAAAUGAAAACGGUUCUUAUGUUAUACCAAUGGAGAAUUUUACAAAUUUAGCACCCAUCUUAGAUUUGGCUGUGGUUGAUUUAGAUCGCCAAGGUCAAGGUCAAAUUAUUACAUGUUCCGGAACUUUCCGAGAUGGUUCGCUGAGAAUUAUAAGAAUUGGCAUUGGUAUUCAGGAACAUGCCUGUAUUGAUUUGCCCGGCAUCAAGGGUAUGUGGUCUUUGAAAGUCGGCAUUGAUGAUAGUAACUAUGAAAACACACUGGUUCUGGCAUUUGUGGGACAUACACGUAUUCUAACAUUGACCGGAGAAGAGGUGGAGGAAACAGAUAUAGCCGGUUUUCUCAGUGAUCAACAAACGUUUCAUUGUGCUAAUGUUGAUCAUGAACAGAUCAUACAAUUAACGCCCUUGACCGUACGUCUUAUUAAGAGCACCACCAAGAAUUUAGUUUAUGAAUGGGAACCACCCGCAGGCAAACGUAUAGGUGUUGUUAGCUGUAAUACGCAGCAAAUAGUUAUUGCUUCGGCAAGAGAUGUAUACUACUUGGAAAUUGAAGAUGAAAAACUUGUGCAAGUUGCCCAGAAAACUCUCGAAUAUGAGGUAGCAUGUUUGGACAUAACACCUUUAGGUGAGGGCAACACGCGAGCCAAACUUUUGGCUGUUGGUCUGUGGACGGAUAUAUCUGCGGUGGUCUUAACACUUCCACAAUUAGAAAUUUGCCACACGGAAAAGUUGGGCGGUGAAAUUAUACCACGUUCCAUUUUAAUGACAACUUUUGAGGGCAUCCACUAUUUACUGUGUGCCUUGGGCGAUGGCUCUAUGUUUUAUUUUACAAUGAACGACGAACGUGGCAGCCUGAGUGAUAAGAAGCGUGUUACCUUGGGUACUCAGCCAACAACACUGAGGACUUUCAAAUCUUUGUCCACCACAAAUGUUUUUGCAUGUUCCGAUAGGCCAACUGUCAUCUAUUCGUCCAAUCAUAAGUUGGUAUUUUCAAAUGUUAAUCUCAAAGAAGUGAACCAUAUGUGCUACCUAAAUGCUCAGGCUUAUCCGGAUAGUUUGGCAUUGGCCACUAAAAACUCGGUUAUAAUUGGAACAAUUGAUGAAAUCCAAAAAUUGCAUAUUCGUACUGUACCAUUGGGUGAAGGUCCACGCCGAAUUGCAUACCAAGAAAGUUCACAGACAUUUGCUGUAGCCACAAUGCGAAUUGAUGUACAGGGUAGAGGAGGACCAAAACCGACAAAGGCUAGUGCUUCGACUCAGGCACAAAAUAUCACAUAUGCUUCGAAUAUUGUACCGAAACCAGGAGCAGGCAGUACCUCUACAACUAAUGCUGAAAUUGGUCAAGAAUUGGAUAUUAGCAAUUUGUUGAUUAUCGAUCAAAAUACCUUCGAAGUUCUGCACGCUCAUCAGUUUAUGCCUUCAGAGUCUAUCAUGGCCAUUAUGUCUGCCCAACUGGGAGAUGAUCCUAAUUCAUAUUAUGUUGUGUCCACAGCAUUGCUGUAUGCUGAUGAACCCGAGCCGAGUGUUGGUCGAAUUAUAAUAUUCCAUUAUCAUGAUGGUAAAUUGACACAGGUGGCUGAGACAAAAAUUGAUGGUGGAUGUUAUUCGAUGGUUGAGUUUAAUGGCAAAGUUUUGGCCGGUAUAAAUAGUUUUGUGAGACUCUAUGAAUGGACCAAUGAAAAAGAAUUGCGUAUGGAAUGUAAUAUACAGAAAAAUAUAACUGUGUUAUGUUUGAAAGCCAAGGGUGAUUUUAUACUCAUUGGAGAUCUUAUGCGCUCCAUGACUUUGCUUCAGCACAAACAGAUGGAAGGUAUUUUCAUAGACAUAGCUCGAGAUAGUGAUCCCAAGUUUAUGAGAGCUAUUGAAAUAUUGGACGAUGAUACCUUUUUGGGUUCCGAGGAUAAUGGGAAUUUAUUCGUGUGCCAGAAAGAUAGUGCUGCCACAACCGAUGAACUACGCUCAGAACUGCCAGAAGUUGGUCGUUUCCACUUGGGAGAUUUUGUAAAUGUUUUCCGCCACGAUUCAUUGGUAAUGCAAUAUGUCGGCGAACGUACUACACCAAAUCAAGGAUGCGUACUUUAUGGUACUGUUAUGGGUGCCAUUGGUAUUGUAACACAAAUACCCCAAGACUUCUAUGAAUUCCUCCACAGCUUGGAGGAUCGUUUGACAAACGUCAUCAAGUCAGUGGGCAAAAUAGAUCACUCAUAUUAUCGCAGUUAUCAAACACCACAAAAAACCGAACUGUGUGAGGGUUUCAUUGAUGGUGAUCUAAUUGAAAGUUUUCUCGAUUUAAGCCGUGACAAAAUGAAGGAAUGUGUUCAGGGUCUGGAGAUAACAAUGAAUGGCGAGAAAAAAGAGGCUGACGUUGACGAUGUUAUAAAAAUUGUUGAAGAUUUAACAAGAAUGCAUUAAAACAUAUUCGUUGUGUUAUCAAUUGUAUAAGAAAAAAAAAAAACAAGAAUAAGCUGCGAUUAUUGUUUUCCUCUUAACUAUUUUUAUAAUUAAUUCGGAAUAUACCAACUGAAGGAACUAGUUUCACAAUAAUUUUGUUACCUACGUAACACCGAACAUUAUCCUAUUCGUUCCAUUUUUUCUUCUAAUUUUCAGAGAAUUUUAUUUUUCUACUGCCCAGCCACCAAGUUAAUCUUUUGUUAGAUUAGCUAUCGCGAUCUUAUAUACAACAUUUAUAUAAAUUUUAAUUUUUCCUGCUUAAUUUGUGUUAACUCAAUGUUCUAAAACGGUAAAAUUGAUUUUUGGCGUUCUAAUUCAUAUAUCUAUUAUUAAAUACCACGUAUUAUUAAAAAUAUCGAUUUUAUUUGUGAUCUUUAUAAAAGGUCUACUGUAUGUUCGAAAAUUUCUCUUAUUAAUAAAAAACAGAAAAAAUAAAACCUUUGUAAAAUGAAAAUAAAUGUUUAUUGUGUAUAAUAAAUUAAACAAUUAAUUUCA